AAAUUGUUCUUGCUCCAUUGCGCAUGCCUACAAAUUUGGGAAUGCUAUUGCUCAGCUUUUCCUAGAUGUGCAGAAAAUCAGUGUUAGUUUUGUGUUUGUUAAAAUCAAGCAUUAAGUACUUGUUUCAUAAAUAAAGCAGACGUAUUUGAAGCAAUUCAAAAUUUAUCUUCUUCAUAUUAUUGCCUUAACGGCCAAUAGCCUCUAACAGUUGCAUCAAUGAAGCGUAGGUAAUUCGCCGAAUAAACUUUCAGCCAAAUUCCAGUACAUACAAGAAUUUCCUCCGACUGGAAUUUUCCAACUGCUCAAUAAAUUUGGCGCCGAGACCAAUUGUAGAUCUCUCGCUUUUCUUUGCUGAGUUGUUUUUGAGUAUAAGUUUAUCGCUACAAGGUGACACAACAAUUGUCGGAGAUUCGUGCGUGGUUUUUCUAAAUAAAAUCCAUCUUCACCUCUGGUGAUUGUUAACCAACCGCCUUAUCACCCCGAUUUCGCGUGUUCCCACCUACGCGGUAGCUACGCAGUGCUUAAAAAUUUGUGAAAGUGAAAGUAUUUGUGUGAAUCGAUAUAAAAUGUUAAAAUACUUGUUCUUAUUGAUACGCUAACAAUCUCCACCCCGUGCUAUUGCCCUUCGCACUUGUGUGUCGGUUAGUGUAUUAGGUUUUCGGCUUUAACUCCUUUCUAUGCAUAUUAAAAUAUUUAUUGAUUAAAUAAACUAUAGGCGACUGUGACAGUGAGCAACGUAAAUUGGCACAAACAAAAUUUUGGCCUUCCUCAAUUCAUCUGCGCUUAAUACAUUAACUGUGGACGUUAUGAAUUUCAAUAAAUUCAUGAAUAAGUUUAAUGAAAUUGAACGCUCGCUUUCGCCUACAUCAUCGCUACGUCUAAGCUUUGACAAUAUUUCACCGGAGAGCGAGGAACCUGAGGCUAAUAAACGCCUCUGGGGUGUGCCUGUACCUCCUUUUGUAUCCGACAAAGUCGUUUCGUGGAUUGAAGAGGAAUUUAAUGAGCCGCCAAUUUAUUAUAAUGGAAAUGCAGUAAUACGGAAGGUUGAAAAUGUACGCAUGAUUGAUCGAUACAAUGCUAAGAAUCCCACCGUCGGUACGCUAUAUCUAACUGCAACACAUUUGAUUUUUGUGGAACCGGAUAGCAACAAAGAGACAUGGAUAUUACACAUGCACAUUGCAAAUAUUGAGAAAUUACCAUUAAGCACAACGGGUUCACCAUUAUUGAUACGUUGCAAAACUUUCCUAUCGGUCACAUUUGUAAUUCCAAAGGAUUCUGAGUGUCAUGACGUGUACACCUCUUUAAUGAAGCUUUAUCAACCUGUUUCCAUUAACAAGUUAUACUGCUUCAACUACCAGCCAGCCAAGGAUGAUUUUCCAAAGUCAUCAGGUUGGGAUUUCUUCAAGUUGGAAAACGAAUUCAAGCGUAUGCGAGUAGAAAAUGAGAUUUGGACGUUGUGCACUUUGAAUAUGAACUAUGAAUUAUGCGACACGUAUCCGCGGCAAGUUUAUGUGCCACAAGAGGCAAACACAGCCAUGUUGAUUGGCAGUUCACGUUUUCGUUCCAAAGGUCGCCUGCCAGCGCUCACGUAUUUGCACUCGAAUAAGGCUUCAAUCUGUCGCUGUAGUCAGCCAUUGUCGGGCUUCAGUGCACGCUGUUUGGAAGAUGAGCAGAUGCUGGAGGCGAUACGCAAAACAAACCCCAACACCGACUAUAUGUACGUUGUGGACACUCGACCGAGGAUUAAUGCCAUGGCCAAUCGCGCCGCAGGUAAAGGCUACGAGAAUGAAGCUUUUUAUGAGAACAUCAAAUUCCAUUUUCUGGGUAUUGAAAAUAUACACGUGCAGCGUACCAGUUUGCAAAAAUUAAUUGAAGCUUGCGAACAAAAGACACCUACAAUGAGUGGCUCUAAUGCGUUGGAGUCAUCAGGCUGGUUAAAUAUUCGUUCCAUUUUGGAUACUUCAAGCUUUAUUGCAAGCGCUGUUGACAAAGGUGUCUCGGUAGUGGUGCACUGCUCGGAUGGUUGGGAUCGGACAGCACAAGUUUGCUCAUUGGCUGCUUUAAUGUUGGAUCCCUACUACAGAACGAUCAAAGGAUUUCAGGUAAAUGAUAAAUUUUGCUUUAUUGAAAAAGACUGGCUGGCAUUUGGACAUAAAUUCAGUGAACGCUGUGGACACGUACAAACUGAUCUGCGUGAAGUCUCACCAAUUUUCACACAAUUCCUAGAUUGCACUUGGCAGUUGAUGACUCAACGCAGUGAUGCUUUUGAGUUCAAUGAACGUUUCCUGCUUAUCCUGCACGAUCACGUGCAUUCAUGUCAAUUUGGCACCUUUGUCGGCAACUGUGAGAAGGAUCGACUGGAUUUAAAGCUUUCAGAGCGCACAUUCUCCCUGUGGGGUUUCAUGGCCAAUCACCUGAAUGAAUAUAUCAAUCCUUUGUAUAAACCUGAUGUUGAUGAAACAAUCAAAGCCAAUUUGGCUCCACAAUGCAUUAAAUUUUGGCGUGGUAUGUUUAGUCGUUUCGAAAGUGGCGUACAUCCACGUGAACCACUUAGCGACUUACUGCUUGCGAGUAAGGAUCAUUGUACUUCAUUAGAGGAUCGUCAGCAUUUAACAAAGCGCAUAGCAAGCUUCAAAAAUUAUAUUUCCAAGUCCGCUAAGAAAUUGCAAGAUGCAACCGCUAAAUCUUACAAAGAGCCUCCUGCAACAGCAGAGAUCAAUGACAACAAGUACAAUUACGACAAAAAGAUGAGUGAACUCUCAUCUGCCGAUGAUGAUCACCCGCUCAAGCCAGCAGAAAUGUCGUUUGCAAACCUUUCGCUGAACGAGCGCAUUGAUGCCACGAGCAUUAAAGAGGAAAUAAAUUCUGUAGCUGUUGACUGGAAAUCGAUGCGUAACGUGACAGCUUGUUCCUGCUCAACACCAUUCGACCAAUUCAGCAAGAAGACACAUUGCUGGAAGUGUGGCGAUAUCUUUUGCGAACGCUGUAUCGAUAAGAGUAUUCCUUUGCCUGGCCAGGAUAGUGGCAAGCCAGUACCAGUGUGUCGUGCUUGCUUUAGGGUCCUACAAAAAACUAGUCCGUGAAUACUCAACUCAGUGAGUGACUGCAAGAACGAGCAGUGAAGAGACAAAAGAAUUCCUUGAGUGCAUACUUAGUCAAGACUGCUGUUGUGUUUAGCUUAGUAUGGGAGUGUAUGUGCGAUGUUCUUUAAGCAUCUCGUUUGUUAUGUUCGUGGCGUGAAAGUGCAAGCUGAUUUAGCAAAAUUAAAAUUCAGUUUAAUGAAAAAACAUGCUUACAUACUAGGUAACCGUUAUAAUCACAAAAAGUUGAUGUAUUUACGAAAAAUUAAAAUUUAUUGCAUUUCUAGAGUAUUUAAAAGCUAUCUAAAAAAACUAAAAAAUAUAUAUG